GGCAAGGUAUAUAAGUAACUAUAUAUUGAUUGAAUGCAUUGAAGUGAAUAAUUGAGUUGUGAGAUCGAUGGCGUCGACUGAUCCGGAUCUGCCACGUGACUCAUGGGUGUGUUCUCAUGCAGAAGAAGCAGAAGAAGAAGCUUCGAAUAACAAGGCCAUGGAGGAGUUUCUGACCACUGCUGACAAGGCGAGCCUUCAGAAACAGAGGAGGAUGAUCAAGAACAGAGAGUCUGCGGCCAGAUCCAGGGAACGCAGACAAGCUUACACCCUCGAGUUAGAAUGUUUGGUUCUUCAACUUGAGGCUGAGAAUACCCGAUUAUUAGAGGAACAGGCACAAAUCAAGAGGCAGAGGUACAACCACCUCCUCCACACCAUCAUUCCAGUUAUCCACAAGCGUAAACCAAGACCAAUGCUUCGAAGACUCAAUUCCCUCCCCUGGUGAUUUCUCUUGAUCCAUUUAUUGUACUGCCUCAAAUCAAUAAUCAAAUAUUAUAUGUUAACCAAGCACCUCUUUAUUAAUAAUUUUUGAUACGGUGACGUGGCAAUA